AGGAGUAUGUGAGACUGAACAAACCAUGAACAAAACAAGUUCUUCAUUCUCUGGAUGGUGAUGAACAACAAGAAGGAUUCUGCAUUCGGUACUCUCACUGGGUUUUAGAGCAUCAUUAUAGUACAAAGAUGGCUUCACAGACAGCUGAGAGAGAGAGAGAGCGAAUUGGUGGAAGUUACGGUAGCUUUGGAAGUAUCGGCAAAAAAAAAGAGAACAAUCCCAGAACCUGUUCAUCACAACCUUUCGCCAAACCAGUAAUGAGCUUACGUAAGUUUGCAAAGGUGAAGGAAUACCUCAUGCGUAAAACGCUUGAGUUGUUGGCACAAGUAAAGGGAACUGACACAGAGAAAGAUGAUUUCACCUUCGAUGAGUCUAAAUUAAUCAUCAGAGAACUUGCUGCUAAACUGAGCUGGGUAGUUCCUAUCAGAAACAUAUCCCUCCUGUGUGAGGAUGGAUCUUGUCAAGAGGAGCGUCAAGACUUCAUACUGCAGUGGGCUGAGGAACUGAACCAGUCACCACAGACUGGACAGACACCAGCUGGGGAAAUCACAAGAGACAGGAGAAGUGAGGAACCUCUAGAUCAACAGAUACCGGCAAAGGAACAGAAACUGAAGGAGGCCAGCAAAACCCUGUCUAACUGGGCCAGGACACUCGACGGCAUGGAACAGGACUCAGUGUGUCUAGGAGAGGAUGUGUGUUCAGUCCUGCAGGAUCUGGAGAGACAGUGGAAGAGAGGGAAGCUACCCAACAUGCUCCCUGUCAUGGACUUCAUCAUCUGGAGCAUGCUGCAGGAACAGCCCCAGGAGGGUUCCAUUGCAAAGCAGUGGCUCAGAAAUAAUCAAAGGUCCAGAAGCAGAGUGACACUGAAUCACAUUCCUGACUCAGUUUGGAAAUGGAUUUUGAAAGCAUCAGCUAAGAUCACACUGGAUGAAAAAACAGCCAACCCAAGUCUCCUACUAUCCCCAAACAAGAAAAGAGUGAAAAUGGACACCAUCAUUGAGAGUGUCUACAAUCCCUGGGGUCACUACGAAAUGACUCCCAAAAUGUACAGUGGUUGGUGGUGUGUACUGGGGACAACGGGUUUUAACUCAGGGAGGCAUUACUGGGAGGUGGGGGUCAGGGGCAAGGCAGAAUGGAGGAUAGGGGUGGUUAGAGAGUCAGCACCACGACAAGGCUUUGUUGACCUGAGUCCAAAGAGAGGUUACUGGACUCUGCUUCUGCAGCUUGGACAGCUCAUGGCUGUAACUUCACCAGUCACUAAACUGAACCAGUCUGUACCCUCGAGGGUAGGGGUCUAUCUGGACAUAGAGGAGGGACAGGUCUCCUUCUACGACGCAGAGAAAAGGCGGCAUAUUUACACUUUUGAUGUCGACUUUGAUGUAUCUGAAAAGAUUUACCCCCUUUUUCACACCAUUGAGACAGACAGAGAGCUGGUUAUUCUGUAGUUUCAUACCUAUGUAUAUGUAUUGUAUAUACAGUGAGGGAAAAAAGUAUUUGAUCCCCUGCUGAUUUUGUAUGUUUGCCCACUGACAAAGAC